CGGCUCCCUGCAGCACAUAUAAUACAGCGCACACUCGCAGCUCUUCGCUUCCAGCCGCUCAGACUUGAGCAAAUAUUUCACUCCUUUAACUGUUUCUGUCCGCUGCAGAUUAGAGAUUAAUGAGAUAGCAGGAGGAGAUCUGGGCCAGCUUGUCAUUAUGCGUUCAGAAGAUUGAUGCUUCAUUAAACCUCUUGCAGGAGAAGAGGAAGCCCAGGGGCAAAGCAGACAGGCAUCUCCACUCCAUUCUUACCUGCUUUCUCCCCUUCCUAUGUGUGCCUGCCAUUGAAUGAGGACAUGCAGCCAGCUACAGCCUCAGUACUGGAUCUGUCAAGGACUGUUCUGAUCACAGAAGAGAAAAACAAUUCCUACAACAGCACAGGUCAGUGUAAAAAGAUUGUGGCUCCCGAGUCAGGCUCCUACCAUAUCGUACACGGCAAUGGCUCGUCAGUGGGGACUGUUAUUAUGUUCCAGUGCUCCUCUUCCUAUCAACUGGUCGGAGAAGGGCUAACAACCUGUGUCUGGAAGGGGAAUAGUACCUUAUGGACGUCUGGAACACCAACCUGUAAACCUCUAUCAAAAUAUGAGACGUUUGGAUUUAAAGUGGCGGUCAUUGCCUCUAUUGUGAGCUGCGCCAUCAUCCUGCUCAUGUCGAUGGCAUUUUUGGUUUGCUGUCUUGUGAAAUGUGUGAAAAAAAGUGAAAAGAGAAGAUCCAAAAGAGACAAGGUCGUAUGGCAUCAAUUAGAAUGCGAGGAACUGGAGAACAUGCAGGCGGCAUAUUUUGCAAUGAAAGGGGGAAAUAACAACAACAACAAGCCAGCGAGGCGGCCGAGAAUCGACGAAUGGCUUAAUAUGGUUUAUGAGAACCAAGGGUUUUGUAGGUGAGCUUUAAAUAAAACAGACCUUUGUUGUGUGUAUGAAUGAUUGGAAAGAUACAAA